AGAAAGUAGUUGGACGUAGGUACAGUCGGUGUUUUUGCUGAGAGGGUAGUGUAGAAAAACCGAUUGGGUGUUCAAACAUUACCAUUUGUGUUUGUAGUGUUUAUGUGAAGUAGAAAUUCAAUAGGAGACCCAUGGGUUGUUCAACAUACAGUUCCAAUGGAGAGGGCGUUUUAAGGGAAGGAUACAUAACACUUUGACAACGCUGUGUUCCUUAGAUGUUACAUUUCGACAGAAGACGGAUCUAAAGUUUGGUUUCGAAUCAGUGAAUACGCCCUGGAAUCUGACAGUUUGGCAACACUUUUUACGCUGACCAUUGGUAUGCUAUCAUGAUGACGGCACUUACUGCCACUAUUUGGAGGAUACAGGGCAGUUCAGUGAUUUAUUCCUGUCGUGUCUUCUCUCUACUUCUGAUACUCACUGAUAUGAACUGGAUCUCAGCUUUUGUUCUACAACAAUCCCCGAAAUGUCGCGUCGACUACCGCAACCUUCCCACUUCCGUUAGCCUUGACCCUGGUUGUAGCCGUGUGACGUGCGGUUCCCAAUGUGGCGCCCCCUGUCCCUCAUCACGUGACUGUCAACAAAAUGGAGUCCUGGUGUGUAAGGUGUCUGCCCUGCCUGUCGCCUUCACGUGUGGAUACGAUGACAAGAACUGCUAUAUAUUUCAGAAGGUGACCAGCUGCACUAAUGGGGCCACGGCGGCAUCUGACGGAACCUGUAUCUGCCCUGCCGGUUUCAUGGGGCACCUGUGUCAACACUACGUUCACACCUGUCACGAUAUCUACCAGCGUGACUCUAGCAGUGCUGACGGCGAGUAUACUCUCAUCACUUCCCAGGACGCUGUCAUUAACGUAUGGUGCCGUUUCAACAGCAACGUAAUCACGACCUACUUCUCAAAGGCUGCUGUAGCUAGCCUCACCACCGAGGAAAUACGUGUCCACUACAACUCCGACGCUGCAGUCGACUUCAUCGCAAAACUGAGUGACGGGACGCAGUCAGAAUCGACCUUGACCCAGCUGACCUCAUUCUCCUCAGUCCCCCUGAGAAUCCUAGUCAGUGAAUAUACUGACUAUACAGCGCCCAGUAAUACAAACUUUGGGGCCUAUCUAUACCUAGGGUUCCUUCCGAAAGCAAGUAUACACGAAGAUUUCAGGCAUGGCUACAACGCCAAUGGUGCCGAUAAAGACUUCCGAAACUGUGACGGAAACCCUAACAAUUAUUUCACUCUCUUCACCAACAUUAACAACCUGUCGCCACAGAAAGAUAGUGGUGGUAUGCCUUCAACCGGCAUCAUGGCACACUGGCAGACUAGUGCCCGGAUCUUACUGCCUGGAGACUAUCUUCCGGACAACUACAUCUACGACACGGAAAUGCACUUUGGCGGCUGUGGCGGUUUUGGCGUCACUAACAGCUGGAACAAUGUGGAUGGCUUCGGACUUGGCGUCAAAUUUGAUGUCUAAUAGCACGGAACGGCGGUUCCCGGAAGCCUACUGUUGAUACCAGUACGACCUAAUGGAUACCAGUACUGAACACACAGAAUGGAUUAACGACUAUAGCUGUUAUAUUGAAGCUGACAUUAUCGGUGAUAUCAAAUAUCUGAAUAGACACGCAGAAAAUACUUCGGGCCCCUACGUCUAUGAGGAAAUCAAUCAGCGAUCAAUCCUAACAACCAGCCCUUUGUAACGAUCAUUCAUCACACCCAUUUGUGUACAUAUUUACUGUAUAGUAACGAGCAGGCUGUGUUUUAAUUAUUUUUAAGCACGUAGGAUGACAUGGUUAUGUAACUGUUAACCUAAUGCCCCCAGCGGGCCGCUUGGGUUGUAUGGUCCCCAGGGAGCUGAGAAUGAAAAUUGUUACACACUGAACCAAGGAACGGGGAAAUAAUGUAGCGAUUUGAGCAAGCUUUUAUUUUCAUGUAGGGAUUAAAAUAUAACAAUGCAGCACAGCGGUUUGGGGGUGAUCCUCGUACAGUCAGGCUGGUUAGGCUCAUCAUCAGCUCAGGGUCCUUGCCCCCCUCUACACGAAGCCCAGAGAGCGAAUGGGACUUCUCCCAGGAAGCGCUGCCUAUGCGAACCAAACCAGAACUUUUCGGAGAAUGUGAAGACUCCCCAACACUGCAGUCUUCUGCAUUACCAAGAUUGUCAGAAGGGAUGUAUUCCUGGUAGCAAACCCGGGUACUUUCCCAAUGUCAGUCAACAGAUUGGGAGGUACCAAACCUAAGGCAUCGAGGACAAUGGGGAGUUGGACAAUUGCUACUUAGGGUGCAAGGGUGACAUUUCGAAAGCGAAGUCUGCAUAUCUGCCAUGUUUUUCCCGAAUCUUGUCAAUCACAUCAGUGGCAAUAGAGAAAUAAUAAUAUUAUUCAAUAAUAUAAACGAUUUCAUUGGAUUUGUCAAAAAUGACAAGAUCAGGUUUGUUGGCCUGGAUAAGUCUGAGGUUGUAUACGGGCCCAUUAAAUUUUGUAUUUAUCACUUUCCAUGACGCCCUCUACAUAUUCUGGGUCGUACCAUGGAUGGACCUCUGUGUCAAAACCACAAACAUUGCGAAGUCGGUAAUAAAUUGAGUGAGCCACUCCAUCAUGUCACUUUAGAUACUGUGUUUGUGCCAAAGCUGGGCAUCCACUGACAAUGUGUUGGACAGUCUCAUUAAAU